ACCAAACAGACUUUACAACCACUGAAAGCUGCUUUCUUGCCCUUCGGCUCAGUUUAAAUCGUUCAAAUUUCCCCAUUUCCCUGUGAUUUUGGAACUUUAUCAUCGCUACCUCUGAGAACUGUCCUGGUAGCUUUUAUUACAGGUGUCACCUAACAAGCUGUCUGUAGAAUGAGUCCUCCGUGGCCUAAAGGGAAGAAACUUGUCCACCUAGAUUUGAAAGGCGCCCGACCACGGAUCGGGUACCUUCAUAAGCUGAUCGAGCUCUUCUCUCGGCUGGGUGCUGACGGCCUGCUGGUGGAGUAUGAGGACAUGUUUCCUUAUGACGGAGAGCUGAAGCUCCUGCAAGCUACAGCGCAUCCCGCUUACAGCCGAGAGGAGGUGAUGUCCAUUCAGGAAUCUGCCAAAGCAAGGGGCAUGGAGGUGAUCCCACUUGUGCAGACCUUUGGACAUAUGGAGUUUGUGUUGAAGCAUCGGUCGCUGUGGCACCUCAGAGAGGUCCCGCUCUGCGUCGGAACCCUUAAUCCCCACAAAGAGGAAGGCUUCAAGCUGGUGAUGGAGAUGCUGAGGCAGGUGGUUGAUCUGCAUCCAGGUCUAAGAACGCUCCACAUAGGAGCAGAUGAGGUUUACACCCUUGGAGAAGGGGAGGACUCCAAACUUUGGCUGGACUCAACUGGUGGUACAGUUGAACAGCUUUUCCUUAGUCAUGUGAACAAGGUUGCCAAGGCUAUUAAAGAGGCGUGGCCUGACAUGAAUAUCAUAAUGUGGGAUGAUAUGAUGCGAGGCAUGAGCCAGGACACACUGAAAGCAAGCGGUCUAGUAGGACUUGUGCAGCCCAUGUUGUGGGACUACACCCCAAACCUGGAUGUGGAUAAAACUGUGUCUCUGCUGGAGAAGUAUCACGGUGCCGGCAUGUCCGACCUGUGGGCAGCCAGCUCCUUCAAAGGUUCCACUUUCGUUCACACCUGCGUGACCUGCACACAGAGACACGUGGAUAAUCACCUGCAGUGGCUGAAGGUGGCGGCCUCUCUGCCUGCUGCCAUUAACAUGAGGGGCAUGGCCAUCACAGGUUGGCAGAGGUAUGACCACCUGUCAGUUCUGUGUGAGCUACUUCCUGUUGCUCUCCCCUCGCUGGCUUCCUGUCUGCAGACUCUCAUCCACGGUGAAUUCAGCACUGAGGCGAACAGAAAAGUAACAGAGACGCUGGGAGUAUCUUCAGUGGAGGUUGAAGCCAUGGAGAGAGCUUCUGCGGAUGAGUCUCUGUUCCCAGGAAGGAAGCUGGCAGAGUUGAUCCUGGAGAUAAAUUCACUGCUCGACUCAGAAGAUUUCAGAUUUUUUGAAAGCAAUAUGUUUGUACGAGGAUGGUUCAGUCCCUACCACAGGCAAAGGAAGACGGUAAACCCGUUAAACUGCAUGCAUAUUCACAAGCAGGCUUCCGAGUAUUUGGACACGUUACAGAAGAAAGUAGAGGCCUUAAAAAAGGAAAUGGUGGCUCUUUAUCCUGAUUCUACAGUGGAGGAGUGGAUAGAGGAACACAUCAGCGCUGUAAUGGCUCCGCUGCAGCGAAUCACAGAAGCUAUCCAGGAAUGCAUUAAAGAAAUGGUGCCAUGAAGAAAUCAAGCUUUACUGGACUUUAUUUUCAGCCUAAAAGACAUUUCCUUUCCUUUUUUACAAUCAAAUUAUACCUUCCUAUGUAAAUUGAUGUAUGUAUUGAGUAUGAAGGAAAGGAGAAACUUCAGACGUUUUUAUUAGUUAUAUAAAAGUCGAGCAAUUAUUCAGUGAAUGAAAAAAACUUUCAAGACUUCUGCAUAAUUCUUUUAUUCUUUUUGUUUAGGCGUUAAACAUCA